UUGCAACACUGCGGCUAUUGGAUAUUUUUUGACGUUGCUUUUCUCAAAAAUUCGCAUUAUUUAUUUGGUGUUGUUUUGCAGUAAUUGUUUGUUUUAGCAUGUCAAACUCCAGCAGAAGUCGUACUCCUUUAAAAGGUUCAAUGAUAAAGGAAGAUUCACCUGAGGAUGGAUUGUAUUCAUUGGAGAAAUUGCGCACAUCUCCCGAACUGUGGCCUGAAAAGAGUAGGUUUUUACUUUUUGUAUUAAAGGUGUUGCUUGGGAAAUUUCGAAAUUUGAAUUUGCAAAAUUUUAUCUUAAAACUUCUUCAUCUUGCAUCUCUUGAGCGACCUGUUGUUCAGUCCAAGUCUAUUGGGGGAAGCGGGUUGGCUUUCCAAAACGGAACCAUUAGAGAUGUUAGAGAGAGAGGAUGUUGGGGGAGGCCUUCUUCAUCUGUCGGUUGGACAUAUUUUAAAAGUAUCACCACACUUUAAUGAAAACGCGUUAUUUACAGUAUUGCUGCACAUUAGCAUUGUGUUCUUUUAUUAUACUCACUGCACCAUUUUUCGUAUGAAUCUUGGUUUUGGACAAUGUUUCAUUUAUUUUUCAUCUCCGCUGGCCACAAGCAAAUGUCUUUUUUUAUAUUUUGCGGCAGAUAGUAUAUAGAAAA